GUGAGUGGCAGACUCAAAAAGAGGAUUUCAAUUCAGCGUGUGUCUCAGUCGCCGACGUCCAGGACGCGAUCCGCGUCUCACAGCCGCUCGUUGCAUUUUUAAAUAUCACAUUGUGCUGUUGGUUUUGCCUUUUUCUCAACCUCCAUUCUAUCGGCUAGACGACUUCAUCCAUGAUUAACACCGUCAUCCGUCAAGCUAAAGUCGCCGAUUGGAGAAGAAAAAGAUGUGGAGUUCGUACUCUGUAACCGGCCCGCCGCCAGUGACCGGCACGGCCAACGGUAACAGUUCAGAGAACGGCGGGGAAGACAGCAGCCAUGUCGUCGAUGGCGGGACUGACAGUGACCCAUUACUUGGAUUGGUGGCACUCCAACUGACCGUGUUGGUUUUCAUAUCGGCAGUUGGAACAUUUGCCAACGCUCUCGUCUUCGCCGUUUUCUAUCGCCGUCCGUCUCUGCGCACCAUUUCCAACCGGUUCGUCUUGAGUCUCAUCAUGGCCAAUUUAACGUCGGCGGCGGUGAGCAUCCCGGGACACGUUUAUCAACUUUUGAUCAAACCUUUACAUCACGAGCAACGGGAACGGUUUCAAGGGCAUCACCAAUUUCAUCAUCAUUACCAAUCUGCCGUGGUCAACAACGGGGUCAAUGCAGACAGCAGCAUUGGCGAAGACGUCACUUACGUAAUGGGUCGGCUUGUCGACGAUUCAACUUCGUCGUGGUUAAGUUCCUGGCAUUGGCACAAACAAGGACUUGAUGGAUUAACAGUUCUUGUCUCUUUGGCCUCCGUCCUUUCAAUCCUGCUCAUUUCACUCGAUCGAUACUACGCCGUCAACAGCCCACUUCACUACAGCAUUAUCGUGACCCGACAAAAGAGCAUCGCCAUGAUCGCUUUAGUCUGGUUGGUGGCCGCCAUUCUUUCGGCGCCCGUUUGGGCCGGCAGCGUCCUCUUGCAACACUACGCACCGAUAACGAACAACAUGCGAACACCUCAGCAUUCAACAACAGCACAUAGCAACAACAACGACAGCGUAUUCGACAACAGCGCACUGGUGAAUAACGAAACGUUGUACGUCGGAAGUGACGGUGAACAGUUCAAUAUCAACAGCAGUAGGGACCAACAACAACAACAACAAUAUUUGAUGAAUUUGUGCUACAGCGUCUCUCUCAUCCUCUUCGGAUUCGUUUGGCCACUGGCGGCCCUUUGUUGGCUUUAUUUGCGUAUGUACGAGGCUGCCUUAAAGAAUUCGGCCCGCACCAGACGCCAAUCGCUUUGUUCUAACACAAACAACAACGCCAAUGCCAUGGAUGGGACGGUCGGAGCUGCGGCCGUGGCAGCUGCAUCAACCGUGGCUGCAACAGCCUCUUCCAAUGCGGAUCCUUGUUUCAGUUCCUACGGUACGACAACUAUGACGGGAUCACAUCAUACGACGCUAGCGGACGCUAUUACAUCGGUGACGACGACAGCCGCAGCUUUGGCAUCGGAGAAUCAAGCGUCCAUGCGAUUGCUGGCUGCCGCUUCGGCCGCUGCCGCAUCGGCCUCAACGCCUCACCAACAUCGUAGCAACAGAUAUUGGAUGCGUUUGAAUGGAAUGCAACAACAAUUGCUGAGGCUGUUUUGGAGAGAACAAGGACGGCCUUUAAGGACCACAGCCAUGGUCAUAUCAUCGUUCACCUGCUGUUGGUUACCUUUUUUCGUAUGGUUAUUACCAUUUCAAAUUCAUCCGUCAUUGAUAGCCACAACAGCUACAACUCUAGAAAAUGUGGAGUCUCGUCCUACGAUGACUGCUGCCUCUGCCGGAAUAUUUCUGGCCCGAUUGGCCGCCUUUUCUAACGUUCUGAUCAGUCCGGCUAUCUACGUCUAUCGCAAUCAAGUGGCGCAGAGAGAAGCCGGGCGUGUUCUGCUGCUCCUUUUCUGUCCGUUACGACAUCGCCGUGGCCAAUCGACCAGGUACAACAGUCAUGACAUUGCCACACCCUUAGUGAUGGGCGGUUUGGGUGUGGGUGGCAUGACGACCUCGCAGCUCCAUCAUCCGCACUUGGGCGAGUCGAGAUUGCGGAGGAAUUCGAACGCAGUCAACUCGUCGAGAAGGUCCAGUAGUUUAGUGACCAACAAUAGCACAGAUUCACCGACCCGUAAAGGAUCAGAAGAACCCAUGACUGUUCUGGCCUUGGCCCAGGCUACAGUCGUCAAUUGGCGGGGACGCAGCGGCUCAACCGACUGCCGAUUGUUAACGAGAAACAAUGGCGCUGGCCUAUUAGCUGAUGAGGCUUCGGUUGCCCAGCAGCAGCCUAUUCUUCGCGUUGUGCCAUCGCCCCAGUUAGUGGCCAGACAGCGUCGUCUUAGUAAUAAUAAGCCUAGAGCUUCGAUACCCGGCGCUUGUUGCACUUACUCACUGGAUCGACGUCCGUCCACUUUGUCUUCGCACAUGGACGCCCACCCGCCAAUUGAGAUGCGUCAGCGUUCGCAGACCAUCUCGGAAGCUCGUUUGACGUCCUCUAGCCGCCUUCUAGAACAUCCAGCAGCACUUUCGCCUCGUAUUAGCAGAAUAGAUCCAUUGACCCAAACUGAAGGGGUUGCAACUAACACGUCGUUUCCCAACGUAAUCACGCCGGGCGCGACUGCGUCUACUACAAGUAGCUGCGUGCCGACUGAUCGAUCCCGUUCCAAGAAACGGCACACGUCUUCAUCGACGACUGCCGCCGCUGCCGCCGCCGCUGCAGCUGCCGUCGCUGCGGCAGAAUUGAAAGCUCUCAACCAUCCGCUAGCUUAUUAUCCGUCGCUGGAUUUCUUUGACAUUGGACUAGAAGAUUACGGCCGUCGUUCAGCCACGUCGUCCUUUUCUCGUUUUAUUCAACAACAGCCUGCGACUCUUAUUCCACCGACAGUUUCAUCUUUUCCGCAACAACAGACGAUGACGACGGCUAUGGCUGUACCACUUGCUCACACAGUGUCGCAGUCCGGCGGCAACAAUGGCGGCAGACGGAGAAGAACUUGUUCGUUUUCUAAAGUCAUGUCACGUGGAAGUAAACAGCAAACAAGCACCAACACUCGUUGGCCAGCUGUUUUCGGUUCGGCCAGCAAACAGCAACAGCAAGAAAUCCUUACAAGGAGUAGCGCAUCGUCCAUGCCUAGCGUCCAGCAAAUCCCGUCUUUGGUCACGGCUGUCUAAAACACACACGCACAAGCACACAAAACAAAUAAACCUCUUCCGUCGAGAACUGCGGAUCCACCGUGAAAUGGACGGCGUAUGCUGGUACUUACCGGUUCUUAAGAGCGAGCGCUUUCGCAAACCGGUCCGCACAAUGUAUCCUCUGAAAAAAGAGGACAAACAACUCAUCACCGUAUUGUUCGGCCAUUUGGACGGACAAAACAAAUACACACACAUGGCCGGAUCGCUGUCUGUCCCUCCUUGGCUAUUCCUGAAACUUUGUUAUUCUUGCAUUUCAUAUCUAUUUAUUUCCGUUCCAGACAAGCAUUCCCAUACAUUACCAAUUGCAAGAAGAAGAA